AUGGCGAAACAGUGUCCCAUUUGCUCCAGAAGAUUCAGUUCCAAUCUGGCACUGAAGAAUCACACAGGCACCAACGACGCAGCUCUCCGCCGCGCUCACACAUGUCACAAGUGCGAGCGGGGCUUCUGCAGCCAGAAAGCAAUGGAGCAGCAUCGUGACACGCCGUCGCAUGGUACCAUGUUCAGCUGCGACGUGUGUAAGAGGUCUUUCGGAAGUAAGCAGGCUGUGGGAUCGCAUAAGACGUCGUCGUUGCAUAAGCAAAUGCUGGCUCGCGCAAACUCCGCGAUUGGAGUAGAUGAGUCUUCAGGUUCGGGCAAUGCUUCAUCUUACCAAGCGCAAUCCCGCAUAUUAGGAGUGACCUCCACCGCGAUCGAGGAAGCAACGCCCAGCGACAUCGAUAGUGAGGACGAGUACUCUGAUGAAGGCGCGUGGGCACAAGAACAUGUUCGGACGGUGUGGGACGAUGACGACCAGGAUUGGGCGCUUUGCGAUAAAGAUUGUGGGUGGUGCGGACAUUGCGCUGAUGGAGUUGACUACUGA